CAGAAACAGUUCGUUUUAACUCAUUUUUAUGACACAACAAGAACAAGUACAAAAAUUUCAUUUAUUGUUAUUGUUAUUGAUUUUCCCCGUCGAUCCCAAAUUGAGCGUAAAACCCAGCGCAAAUCAGCUGUUUGGCGGCUACGACAACAAAACAAUUAUAUAUCCGCCGCAGCCGCAAAAAGAAAAAAAGCAGAAAAAAAAAAACAAGGCAACUGCGCCGCGAUAAAAUUGUUUGCCAAUAAGAAUCGGGCUUAGUGCGAGGUGGCAUCCGAAAGAUACAGGAACGUGGCUGCAGCUGCGCCAGGAAAAGCAAAAGACCAUGGUUUUCUUCAAGUUCUUGAAGAGCAAACUGUAACGUAUAUAUGUAGAUAUACACACAUAUAAACACAACAGAUCAACGUAAACAUACGCGAAAAAGAUACGAGAAAAAACUAAAAAGAUACAAAGUAAGAUACUAUUCAACCCACGAGAACAACAAUAUGCGCGAAAUUCAGGCCUCCCAAUUUAUGACGAAGACAAAUCGUUUGGUGGUUUUGCGGCAUGGCGAAAGUGAUUUUAAUAUAGAGAACAAAUUCUGCGGCUGGCAUGAUGCGCCAUUAAGCGAGUUUGGCAUCCAGGAGGCUUUGACGGUGGCGAUUCCAGCACUUAAACAGUCGCAGCUGGAAUUCGACGUGGUCUAUUCAUCCGUAUUGAGCAGAUCCCGGCAAACAGCCGAGUUGAUUCUCUGCAAGCUAAACAUUGCCUAUGUGCCCAUAAAAGAAGACUGGCGGCUAUGCGAACGGCACUACGGAGAUCUGACUGGCCACAAAAAGCGCAAGAUAGCCGAUCGCUAUGGGGAGCAGCAGGUGCAGGCCUGGCGAAGAGGAUACGACUGCGUUCCCCCACCGAUCGAGGAGAGCAAUCGCUACUACUACACCAUCUGCAGCAAUCCCAUCUUCGAUGACGUUCCUCCCGGCGAGUUCCCGCUCUCGGAGUCCCUGCACAUGUGCGUCGACCGGGUGGAGCCCGUCUGGAAGGAGGUCAAGCAGGAGGUGCUCAAGGGCUCCCGGGUGCUGAUGUGCGUCCACGGAACUGUCGCCCGCGCCCUCGUUCAGCACAUUGAAGGAAUCUCCAACGAGGCCAUCGAGAAGGUGAACAUUCCAAAUUGCGUUCCACGCGUCUACGAAUUUGACUUGAAUUCUGGCGGAUUAGUUGGCUCGGCCAUUAACCUGGGCGAUCAGGAAUAUAUCAGGCGGAAAACAGCUCAGGUGGCAGCCAUUGGCGACUGAUUUUGGAGAAUUUACACGGAUACUAUAUAUAUGGCCGUCGUCUUUUACUUAAACCCCCAUUUGCAAAGUUUUUUGCCUUUGCUGCUUAAAGUCAGAGGAAUGCGGCUGUUAAGGACAUUAGAACUUUUAUUUAUUUGUCUAAACACCAUCUGAUAUUUUUGGCCAAAAAUAUACAAUUUAUAUACAAUUCAAA